AUGGCUCCGGAUACAGCUCGACACGCCGACGUAAAAGAAAAGCAGCAAAUCAGUCACAUCGAAGAUACAGGCAUCCCGGCUGAAUCAGAGCUGGCGUCUAGCCAGGAAACACAUGCUGAAGGCGUGGAUAUCAACAACACGCAUGCAUUGAAAGGAGAUGCUUCCGAGGGAAAAGUGCAAUGGAGCACCCGCAGUAUACUGGCUGCAAUGUGUCUGGCGGGACUUGUAUACAGGUUUGUCAACUCGAAGCCUUUGCAGCAUUCUAAAUUCGCCCCAUUGACCAAGCCACCAGGGUCGCAGAUUAUCCUGUACUUCACCCGUGGCUCGCUCCGCUUCAUCGAACAGAAUCUGGGAUCGUGUUCAACGCGGCGCUCUCCAGAUUCCGCGCGCACACCACGCCUGUCCUGCUGGCGGGUCGUGUCUCUUGAUGACGGGCUUCGCAGGCGCCCUGGCCGUCACCCACGCCGCGCAACGAGCGCCUCGUGCUGUUUCUCGGCUGCAUGGCGGGAUUCGAGACCGCCGCCGUUACUUAUAGUUCCUGCUGCCACUCUCGCCAUGCUCAUGUUGUCCCGAUGCGCUGAUUACCUCGGCCGCGGCGCUCUCGCUUUCGAUUCGCUCCGUUCCGUCGGUGGCUGCAUCGGGUCCUCUGUCUACUAG